AUGUACUAUCCCCCCGAACAAAUCCAGCUUUUCAACAAGUACUGGCACCCGUCAUGGAAUAUGUACUUCUUCCUCUUCGCUGGGAUUGCAUUUGCUCUCGGUCACCAUUUCUUCUACGCCGGGCUUGACGGAACAGAGGCCAACGGACAGAUUCGCAUGCUUCGUUACGGCGCCGCCUUGUCCUUUCUCAGCAAAGCUAGUCUGGGAUCGGCUGUGAUUCUGGCCUUUCGACAGAGGGUAUGGAUGACAGUCCGUCGAAAGAUGCUUACCCUCGCUGCUGUGGAUUCGCUCUUUGCCGCCGCCGAGGACAUGACUGCCAUCUUCAACAUUGAGGUCUUUCGCCAAGCUAGGAUCGCCAUGAUCUUGGCCAUCUAUGUGUGGUGCACCCCUCUCGUCGUAGUUCUCACCUCAGACACUCUAACUGCUCAACCUGCCACGACGCGUGAGACCACGACGUGCCCGUCCGUCCGCACUCUCAACUUUGGACAGGAAGAAACCAACGACUUUCGCACAGGGACUAAGAUUAACAAUCUCUUUGAGCUUUCCGCCUCUCUAUGGAACACGACCAGCUUCAACCAGUCCGACGAGCACUUCUUUGACUAUUGGAUCGGAACGAGUUGGCAAUUCGAGGAGAUAUCCACCUCGGCGAUUCUGGGCAAGAAACCACUCGCGCGGACGAAUGCCAGCCUUGAUGUUUGUGGCAUGGGCUGGAACUGCUCAUUCACCAUCCAGUUCAAAGGUCCCGGAUACAAGUGCGAAGAGCUUGCCAGCGGCGUCGGGUCGACACCGAAGAAGCUCAACGGCGCCGAGGUCCCCUUCAACAUGAGCAUGCUUGCCCCGGUGGGCAAUCAUACGUACAUUGCCCAUGCCACCGCAGGCGAAUACCAGAACCCUCAGAUGAAUGAUACUGGCCCUGCAGGCGUUCCCAAUACGCCGCCUCCCUAUCCACAAAACCUCGGCGCGCUCCGAGUGGAACCGGUGCUUUGGUUCGGCAUCGCCGAGGUCGACGAACCGUCCGACCCCCAGCCGAUGGACCCCACCUUGCCCGCAUGGCAAACGGCCUACACUCCAAAGGUGUUUGGCUGCGAACACCGUGAGACGGAGUACGAGGUCGACUUCAACUAUACCGGCCUCGCCCAAAAGACGACUGUUCGGAAGCGAACCUUCUUCGACCGCAUCGUCGACACGCGUUACCUCCCCGGUGUCGACGCCCAAGACGGAACAGCGGAUAACACCACAGGCACCCCGGAAUCAAACUAUGUCUUUCCACAGGACGUGGCUCGUUACCGCAGAACAAUGGCGUACCACUCCAUCGGAUACCAGUUCCGCCAAUUCAUCAACGGAACAAUCUUCCAACCCAACACGGAUGCCAACACCAAAGUCUUGCAAACCCGCAUCCUCGACCAGCACAACUAUCUCGUCGUCAAAGACUUCAUGUUCCAGGUCCAGAGCCUCUACGAAGACAUCCUCAUCUCCAUGUUUUCCCAGCCCCGCCUCCUGGCCGUCGUCUGGGCCAACGACACGAGCGAGAAGACGGGCACCCGCCUCGGCGACAACCACACCUACCCCUGCACCCGCGAGCGGACCGACCUCCGCUACAAGUACCACGCCCGCGACCUCUGGGCCGUCUACUCCGUCGCCAUCCUCCUCGCCAUCGUCGGCGUGGCGUUUGGCCUCGCCGCCGUCCGCGAAGAGGGCCUCGUCCGCAACACACGCUUCAGCAGCAUCGUCGCGGCGACUCGCGGCCCGGGCCUCGAGAAACUCCCCUGGGCGACGACGCCCAACAGCGAUCACCGCCCCGUUGCCGGCGCCAAGGUCGGCUACGGCCUCGUGCCCAAGGAUCCGCACGCGGGAGGCGCCGAGACCUAUGGGUUCGGGCUGGAAGGCGACGUCAAGCAACCACAGAGGGAGCGGGAGCAGCGUGACGACUCGGGAAGGACACCAUCGAGGUUGGGGAGUCCCUUUCAAAGGGGGCCAUUCAAUCGGAGAUGGUCUAGGUUGAGUGGUCAACCAUAG